AUGGGUGUCGGUACAUAUUUCACCUAUAGACUCCUUGUGCCAGACGCUACCGAGAGGGAAGUUACCUGGCAAGAGUUCAGAACAGGCUACCUCGACAGAGGUCUCGUUGAGCGUUUGGUCGUAGUAAACCGUAACAAAGUACGAGUUGGCUUGCGUGGCGAUGUUCCUUCUAGCUACGGUAUGUACUUCUCUAUUGGCAGCGUAGACGCUUUCGAACGUCACCUCGAUGAGGCACAAAAGGAACUUGGCGUACCAAACCACGAGAAGAUUCCGGUCGCAUACCAUGAAGAAACUUCACCGCUUAAUAUGAUCUUACACUUCGCACCAACUUUGCUUUUCGCUGGUUUAUUGUACUGGAUGAGCAGACGAGCAGGAGCUGGUUCUGGUGCUGGUGGCGGUAUUUUCGGCAUAGGAAAGAGUAGAGCAAAACUGUUCAACCAUGAGAAUGAAAUUGGUACCCGCUUUAAAGAUGUCGCCGGUAUGGACGAAGCAAAGGAAGAAAUUAUGGAAUUCGUAAAGUUCCUUAAGGAGCCAGAAAAGUUUGAAAGAUUAGGAGCAAAGAUUCCACGUGGUGCUAUUCUUUCAGGUCCACCUGGUACCGGUAAGACUCUCCUCGCUAAAGCAACCGCUGGUGAGGCUGGUGUUCCAUUCCUUUCAGUAUCAGGUUCAGAAUUUGUUGAAAUGUUCGUUGGUGUUGGUCCAUCCCGUGUCCGUGACUUGUUCGCUACAGCACGUAAAAACAUACCAUGUAUCAUCUUCUUGGAUGAAAUCGAUGCUAUCGGUAAAUCAAGAGCCAAAUCUGGCGGUGUUGGUGGUGGAAAUGACGAACGUGAAAGUACAUUAAACCAACUCCUUGUUGAAAUGGACGGUUUCGGUACAGACCAACACGUUGUCGUUUUAGCCGGUACAAACAGACCAGAUGUUCUUGAUCCAGCUCUCAUGCGUCCAGGUCGUUUCGACAGACAUAUCAGCGUUGACAGACCAGACGUCGGCGGACGUUCACAAAUAUUCCUUGUUCACCUCCGUCCACUCAAAUUGGAUAAGCUUCUUACUUCAGAUAACCCAUAUAGCAAUCUCGCUCAUAGAUUGGCCCUUCUUACACCAGGUUUCUCCGGUGCUGAUAUUGCCAACGUUUGCAAUGAGGCUGCACUUUAUGCCGCCAGAAAGGGCGCUAACUCCAUCAACCUUAUUCACUUCGAGCAAGCAAUUGAGAGAGUCAUCGCAGGUCUCGAACGUAAGAGCAGAGUGUUAGACAAAGAAGAGAAGAAGACAGUCGCAUACCAUGAAGCAGGUCACGCAAUUUGUGGAUGGUUCUUGGAACACGCUGAUCCACUCGUCAAGGUAUCUAUCAUUCCACGUGGUGUUGGUGCACUUGGAUACGCACAAUACCUUCCAAAAGAACGUUUCUUGUUCACUACUGAGCAACUCAUUGACAGAAUGUGUAUGACAUUAGGUGGUAGAGUCGCAGAAGAGAUCUUCUUUGGAAGAAUUACAACAGGUGCACAAGAUGAUUUGCAAAGGAUAACGAAGAUGGCAUUUGAAGUAUGUGCUAACUAUGGUAUGAACAAUGAAAUAGGUCCUGUCAGUUACGGUGGUCGUGAAGGCAGCAAUGAAGGAUUCCAAAAACCAUUCAGUGAGAAGACAGCUGAAAUGAUAGACAAUCAAGUAAGAGGUAUGAUUUCUGAAGCACACAGACGCACGCAUGAGCUUUUAGGUGAAAAAAGAGAUCUUGUAGAGAAGGUAGCACAAAAGCUCCUCGUAAAGGAGGUUCUCUCUCGGCAAGACAUGAUUGAUUUGCUUGGUCCACGUCCAUUCGAGCACACGAAGGACGAAUUAGAUAAGUUCUUGGAAGGAGAUAUGUAA